UGUAAAGAAGGAAUGGAUGGAGUAAUAAAAUAUUUAAUCCAAAUAUGGCAGCUUUCCGAGGAUCCAGGGAGUAUGUUGAUGUUCUCUCUGAUAUCUCUAUUUACAAGGUUCUUUCGUCAUUUUCCAUUUCAACUCAAAACCAGCAAACAUGGCCACUUUCAGUUUAUCAACAAAUUGGGUUCUUCAAGACAGAAGAUUGAGGUGUAUGGUUCUCUCUGAUUCCUCUUUUUACAAGGCCUCAUUUUCCAAUGCAUUGUUACGUGAUAUAGGGAGAAUAUGUCCUCUGUCAUCAAAGCCUAGGUCACGCAGUAUAAAAUGUCAAAAGGAGGAUGAUUCAUUUGAGGAAGUAUCUGUUGAGCGUGCACCAUAUCACAGCUAUAUGGACUCUACAUCUGGGAAGCUUGAACCUGCCUCUGGUGCACGUGCAAGUAUUCCAGGGCAGGAGUAUUGGCCUGAAGGGACUGCUGACCGUGUUAGGGCUGCUAGAGCUCCAGAACCUAAAGGAGAGUCAACAACUGCUUCAUCCUUUGGGAAGAAGCCUGGAAGCAGGCGCAAAAGCUACAAAGGAUCAGCUGCUUUUGCUGGCUCUCGGGAACAAAAUUCAGUCACUUCAGAUCCAGUUAUAACGGAUAUGUCAGAUGACGCUGCUGAAGAUCCUAAAGAUUCUUCUUCUGAAUAUGUAAUCUACCAGACAGAGCCUGAAACUGAAAGAGAGGAGUUGAGUGAUUUUGAGCUGGAUAAAAAAUUUGGACGGCCACAUCCAUUUAUUGAUCCAAAAGUGAAAAAGCCAAAAGAUGAACCACUUACAAGUGAAGAACUUUGGUGGAAUUGGAGAAAGCCCGAUAAGGAGCAGUGGUCUAGAUGGCAAAGGAGGAAGCCUGAUGUUGAAACGGUUUUUCUCAAAGCCAUGGCUGAGACUGGACAAGUAAAGCUUUAUGGAGAGCAUCCAACUCGAACAGAGGCAUCUCUCUACAGAGCUAGACGCCACCUGUUUAAAGAGGAAAGGUUGAAAGCCGAACAGGAAAAAUUAGAGAGAGUAGGCCCCAUGGCAUAUUACUCAGAAUGGGUUAAAGCAUGGAAGGGAGAUACUUCACGUGAAGCUAUUCAAAAACAUUUUGAAGAGACUGGUGAAGAUGAGAACACACAGCUUAUUGAAAUGUUCAGUUAUCAGACUGAUAGAGAAUAUCGCAUAAUGAUGGGGACUGAUAUUCGCAUACGCAGGGAUCCUUUGGCUAUGCGCAUGCGCGAGGAUCAAAUAAAGCAAAUUUGGGGUGGAGAUCCUGUUUAUCCUACUGUUAAUUACAUUCAAGAACCGGAUGCUGUAAUCGAUUAUAGAGGCCCAGAUUUUCAUGAACCUACACCUAACAUGUUGGCUCAUCUUAAGGAGCACGGGAAGAUCAUUUCAAGGGAGGAGCUGGAACAAAUUUUGGCCAAAGAGAAGACUGAAGAGCUUGAGAUUGCAGAUAUGGAUGAAGCUAUGGCACGUGCUGUUGACAUUGGGGACAAUGAGGAUGAGGAUGAAGAUAGUGGCUCUGAAGGAAGUGAUGAAGAGGAGAAGAUUAAUAGAAGCUGGAGUGUCUUGAAAACCAAUCCUCAGCCUCGCAAGUCAAAGGACAAACCUAAGAAGAAAGAGUCCAUGUCUUUGGAUGAGGCUGUUGAAGAUUCAGAGAAUCUAACUGACUUUUUGAUGGACUUUGAUGAGGAAGAGUAAUACUUUCAACAAAAUGUUUCAAGAUUCAGUUCUUGUGCACUCCCAAGUACCAACUCCAACUCUGGUGUAUUGCUCAAGAGAAAGUGUACUUUGCAAUCACUAUUGACGAUAGCUUUAGCUCUUGAUCAACAAAUGCAUCAACCAGAUGUAUCAUCGAAAAGCCUUAAUACUGCUGCAAGCCGUGUAAUAUUCUCGUUUCUCUGGGUUCUGAAUCACUUCCUUUGUAGGCAUGUAAGAGAUGCAUGAUCUAAAAGUCUGGAAAAUGCAGCCUAUCCUAUUCUAUCAGUUCAUUGUACCCUUAUUUACACUAGAAUUGAAUAAAGUCAUAGUAUUUCAAAAUUUUUGCUUACAUGAAAUGCAAGUAUGCAGAUUGCAUUGUCAUCUAGUGUCAAUUUUUAUUUCAUAGGUGAAUCACUUGAUUUUGGCUGUGACAAGUUAUACUCCUAUGUGAUGGAUGACACUAUAUUUCAUAUUCUGGAGUUUAUUCAAGCUUUUGGGUAUUGUCUA